CCGUGGCAACCCUGGCCAGCCCAGCAAGUUUGAAUGUUGAGGCCAACAUUGACCGGGUUUUUGAAGCAUUAUUGUGUUUCCUCUUUUAACAGUUGGCAUACAGCUGUCCUACCAUCACCAUCACCAUCUGGGUGAUUGUGGCUGGUAACAUGGAUGUGAGUGAAGAAACUGCCAGUCAUUGGGAGCUAAGUAAGGAAAAUAUUCAGCCUUUGAAACAGGGAAGAAAAGCCAGAGUACUCACCAUGGCCUUGGAUGGAAGUGCUGCACAGAAAUUAAAUGCUGCUAGGCAAGCAUUUGAAGAGGAAAUCCUUACAUAUUCAGGGGAUGACCCUCUUGAUGUAUGGUAUCAGUAUGCUCUCUGGACUGAGCAGAAUUAUCCUAAGGGAGGCAAGGAAGGAAAUAUAAAGAAAAUAAUAGAGAAGUGUAUGAAGGCAGUUAACUUCGAUGCUGAAAGGGCUAACAAAUAUAAAAAUGACCCUCGUAUAUUGUAUCUUUGGAUUAAAUACGCUGGUCUGUUGCCAAAUCCCAUUGAAGUUUAUCAAAGUUUAGAGGCCAAAAAAAUAUGUGUGGUCCUUGCUGAUUUCUACAUAAACUGGGCCUGGGAGAUGGAAAAAAUAGGGAACUUCAAACGAGCUGAUUCUAUCUUUCGUAAGGGCAUUGAACUUUGUGCAAAGCCAGUCCAUGUUCUUGAAGAAGCACACAUGAAAUUUCAAAUGAGAGUUGCAAGGUCUGCCAUAGAUGGAAGAUCAGUGGACCAAGAAUCGAGUGCAGAACCACAUCGAACAGCCUUCAACUCUCUCAAACCCCAGGGUCGUAGUAAUCGUGUUCCCUAUGAACGUGUGGGAUCAUCUGUUAUUGGACCUGCAGGACGUGUUCUCCAAGAUCGACCAAGCAGUAAUGCUGGAGGCCCUGUAUUUUCAAUAUUCCAAGACCCUAAUGCAUCUGCUGGCCAUCCACAUCAUUCUGAAGAUGGAGACGGCAGCUCUGUUCCUGUUGGAGCCAGUGUUAACCAAGAAAAUCUUAAAAAUCCAGGAAAGUGGACUAAGUCUAGGGUCAGUCAAAAAGCCAGUAAUAUUGUACCUGUGGAAGAUCUUGGUAAAUAUCAAAAACCUGCAUUUUCUGUACAUGAGGAUGAAAAUGCAUCUCAACCUUUAACUACUCCAGCAAAACUUCCUUCAACAAGUAAUGUUUUAUCGGCAAUCAAAGACCAGUUUAAAGAUUGGCAUGUUCCAAUGUUUAUUCCAGAACCAUUUGACCCUAAAGUUCAACCGCAAUAUUGUAAACAUAAGAUAUAUGGUGGUGUUGAAGAAGUAUGUUUUGAGGAGUUGAGAGCGGCACAAUACUUCAAAGAGGAGAGGGAGAAACAGAAACAAAAGCAAAAGGACGAUGAAUUAAAGAUGAUAAAAGAGACGCUAAACAAGCAAGAAGAAAUUAUUCAGCAGUUGCUGCAAGAUCGUGAAAUGUUACGUAAACAGCAGCAAGAACAGACCGUUGGGUUGCCAUUAAAAAUCGGGGAAUGCAUCAGUUUUAAUGCCUCACAUCUCCUGGAUGAGAGUAAAAGUGCUUUACUUCAACCAGCCACAGCUAGCAUUAAUGGGAAGGAGUCAUGUAUUGCACAGGAUUUGUCUCCCCAGGCACUCAGUUAUAAUCCACCAAGUUUGGAUAAUUUGAGCCUCAGCAACAGCAGCAAUUCACGUGGUUUGAAUGUGACUGAUCCUACUUUUAAUACUAAAUUGGCUAUGAAUGUGAUAAAUGACAUGUGGUCCACCAGCUUAUUUCAUGGAGACACUCAGCGGGAAUCUGGUGGCUCAGGAGUAGGUUCAGAGAACAGUUCCGAUCCAGUAGCCAAGGAAAAUGCACCCUUCACUAUAUAUCAGGUUCAUAAACCAUCAGAUCCCAAUAAUCAGUAUGUGGAGGAUCAAGAUGAAAAUCGCCCACCUCCAGGCUUGGUUCAGCAACGAGAGCAUCGCCAGAUCACUGGCAUCCUACAACCUUCAGUAGACAUUCCUACCCUGCCUCCAGAUGAUCAGGAGCAAGAGAAGGAAGCAGGAAAAAAGAAUGAAGCUUUGGAUAGUGGAAGUAGGGGAGCUGAAGGAGGCCUGGACUUAAAUGAUUUUAAUGACAUUGUUCCCCUGGAUGGUGAAAGUAUGGCUGAUUUCACACUAAACAUGCCCAACAAUUCAAAAGCCUUUGCAAAGAUGACUCAUGUAGCAUCCACACCAGCCCCUUGGUCACUUGGGCAGGUUCCACAAGCCACAGUCACUGGUGAAGACUUCACUAUGGCUUUCAUGAAAGUUAAUCUCUUGCCUCUUGUAGACGAGGAUGAGAAAAUGGAUGACAUUGGAGCAAAAGAGGAUAGUGGUAAAAUAAUGCCUCCACCCAAUCUGCCACCGCAUCCUGCAUCUCCAUGUCCUGUACCCAAGGCUGGGCUUUCUCCAAUUAUGGAAGCUUCAAGAGAAUUUAGGUCAUCAUCCUCAAACAGUUCGGGAUAUUCUACAUCUACAACACUUGGUGGCCAGUCUGUUAAUGGACUUCCUCAACAAGGCGGGUUCUCUGCAAGCAGUCAGAUGUAUCGCUCUCAUCAGCACUCGAACACACAGUCUGAAUAUACAUUUGAAGCUGCUGCCAUUCAGACAGGAGACUUCACUAAAUCUGGCUAUUUAGCUGACAAAUCUAGAGGGGAGAGCUUGAUUGACUCAAGACCUGGCAUUUUGGCAUUACAGAAUCGUCUUCGGGAAGAAGAAAAUGGGAUUGUGUUUGACCCCGAUCAGGCUGCAGCAAUGUUGAUGGAUGUGGAUGAUAUAAUGCCAUCUUCAGCUAAAUCAGCUAGACCAGAUAAUAAAGAAAAGAUGAUUUUGUCAAAGAGUGGUAAACCUAGUCUCCGAGAUCAAAUAAAUCCCUUUGCUGAAGAAGUAUUACAAAGUAUUCUUUCAAGUUUGAGAGAACCAGUUGAAGCACGUGGUGGGUUUGUUGGCCUCCCAGGUGCUCUGCCUCUCAUCAAACCCAAUAUUCAGGUUACUUUGGGAAGUGAGAUGUUCCAUGUUCGGCGUAUCAGAGGUGAGGGAGCUUAUGCAAGAGUGUUCCAGGCAUCAACAUUGGAUCCAUUAAAUGUCACAAUGUUAGCCACUGAUGAUGAUGAGGAAGAUGAAGAAGUGCAGGUUAUUCUGAAGGUGCAGAAACCAGCUAGUCCUUGGGAAUUCUACAUAUGCCAUGAACUAAGACAGCGUCUCAAAUUGCAUGCCCAUGCAAAAAAUAUUCUUGACUCUGUCAUGAGGAUCAACAGGGGAUAUUUCUUCUCUAAUGGAUCAGUUCUUGCAAAUCGGUAUCAUAAAUUCGGAACUCUACUAGAUGCUGUUAAUGGGUAUGUAGUUUUCAACUUUACUUUUUGCUAUAACAAGACCACUCUGAAAACAGUGUUGAAUACUUCAUUUUUAGUCAUAUCAGAAAUAUCUGGUGACUUAAAAAUUUGUCCUAGGCUAAAAAAAAAUAAAGGAAAACCUACAUUACCUUUAAUUUUAAUCUCACAGGUGACAACUGAAGGAUUUACAUGCUGUGAAAUGAGGGAGGGUGCUCCUUGGACUUACCAGACAGAUUUAUAUGGUGCAGCAGCCUUAGCUCACUUGUUCCUCUUUGGAACAUACAUGGAAGUUGAGAAAAAUAGAGGCAAAUGGAAUAUCAAAGGCGUUACUUUCAGAAGGUACCAUCAGACAGACCUCUGGGAAUUGGUGUUCUCCACACUCUUGAAUGUCCCAUCUUGUUCUUCAAUUCCCAGUCUUAGCCAGCUGAAGGAGAAAAUUAUGACCAGAUUUUUCCAGAUGGAACGCCGUAAAGAGAUGAAUUCGAUGUUCAGUCGUCUUACGUCUUUGGUUGCUCAUCGCCGAUGAGUUGGAAGUUCCCAAGCUAUUAACUUCAAUAAGUAGUGUGACCCAAAAAGAAGCGCUUUCACCAUCAUUCACACCGUCACUGUCUUACCAGACGCGUGGAGAUAUGACAGUUUAGAUGUCUCUGAACAGCAAAUAUCCCGAACCCCUCUAGAGUGCAGGCACUGUUCUUCCCACCUCCAUGUAAAAUAUUGUGCUCUGUAUUACUUUUACAGAAAAACUUAUUUUUACUCUACUUUUCUGUGGUUCAACUUAAAAAUAAGUGUGAUUUACCCAUGUUAAGACAUUUAGUUAGGGAUAGUGAAUUUGACUCGAUUGAGUUCAAGGUACCAUAUUUUCCAGCAUAUAAGGUGCACCCCAAUUUAGUACAAAUAUUCUGGGGGGGGGGGGGUACAAUACUUGCUUCAUAAUGAUAGCCAGUGGCUGGUUGCUUAUGCGCACACUGUAGCUGAACGAGUUGGGACCUUGCAGAGUAUGUCAUCCAGCCACCAAAAGAAACAUAGCUAUUUUAGUUAUUCGAAAUGCUGAAGCUGGUUUGCUUAUCACAUACUGAUAAUAUGUAAAUUAUACAAUUUAUAAUAGUUCUAAUAACUAAUGUAAUCUCAAAAACUAAAGCAAUCUGAGGAACAGUUUGUAGGGAUGGAAUGGGUUUGGGGUUUAAUUUGCUGCCAGUACUGCAGCACUGAAACCACCACUUACCACACUACACCCUUGAACAAAGGUGUAAUGUUUUUCUAAUAGCUUUUCCAUUAGAAAAAAAGCACACCUUAUAUGCUGGAAAACUGUGUUUCGAUUUGACUGUAGUACCUACUGAAAUGCUGUCAGAGCUUAAAUUUUAAAUGAAUGCUGUAAGCAGUUAAAUAAUUCAAAAGACUUGCUAGAUUAAUAUUUUUACUUUUUUAUUGGUACAAGGUAUAUUUGUACACUGGACCAUUCUUCAUUAUUAAUCUACUAUGUAAGUGGUAGCAUUUUCUGUGUAUUAAUGCAUGUUUGCACUUUUGUGGAUAAAUGCAUUGGCAGUAUCUGGUAUGUUUGUAUAUACAUUAUAAAUUGUCAGUGUCUUUAGUUUGAAUGUUUUAAAGAUGCAAAUGUAGCACAAGAAUGUUUUCUUGAUUUUUUUUAGCAUAACGAAGUUCAAAGGAAACAAUAUAUUUGUACUGUAUGGAAUACCAAGCUAGAAAUAAUUGCAAGGAAUUUGUAUGAAGGUGGAUUUAAUACCCUAAAUAUCUAGACCCCAAUCUAAAAAGUGUCCACAGUGUCCAAGGUUUUUUAAAAAAAAUUUUUUGUCUAUUUUUAUGAAAUGGUAGAGAAUCUUUUUCUGAAUUUAAUAAAAUAACAAGUACAUAAUUUGAUGGAAAACUUGCAAAAUUAUGCUUUUGCAAAU